UGCUGGUGACAACUCGCGAUUGAUCGGGAGGAGUGGGAGGGCUUCACGGCAUUCGGUGGGCAUGGUCGAGGCCCGUGGUGGUUAUGGUGACCGCCGCCGUGGAUUCAAUCGUGUAAGCAGCACCGAGGAGCAGGAGGGAGACAUCGAGCAUGUCCUAGUUUCGAAGUCCAGCGGCCGCGCACGUCAGCAAGCUCUGGUCCAUGCCAAUUCGGAUGAUGGUGGAGUUAUGCGGUGCGGCAGUCGGAAAGUGCAGGUGAACUUGAUCCUGGGUAUCAUCCUGCUCUACAUGUGGGUGUCGAUGUCGCUCACGCUACUCGACAAGUGGCUCAUGACAGGAAUGGGCUUCAACGCCCCGCUCACGCUGAUCUCUCUCACGUACCUGAUCAUGCACCUGGUCAGCCUGUCUACUCGGACGUGGUUGAGACAUCGAGGCGUCGAGGAAGGGGAAGGGGGCGGGGACGCGAGUCACCUCGUGCAACGUGUAUCGUGGCACCAGUGGGCGUGGAAGGUUUUUCCGGUGGCGGCGGCGUCUGGGCUAGAGGUGGGCACGAGCGCCCUUGGCUUGAAAGUGAUGCACGUGGGGGUCCACACGAUGGUGAGAUCAACGGUGCCGAUCUUCGUCCUUCUCUUCUCCGUCGGGAUGGGGCUGCAGGAGUUCCGGUGUGGGCUGUUGGCGGUGGUGAUGCUGGUGAGCGGGGGGGUGACCCUGUUGUUCUCGGGACAGCGGAGCGACCAAGAGGAAAAUUUCCCCAUGGACGGCUUCCUGCUGACCCUGCUCAGCGGAAUGCUGGCGGGCCUCAAGUGGACGCUGUCUCAGGUGUUGCUCCAGGGUAGAGGGCUCUACGGGAAGGGGGCAAUCACCGUGGGUGAACACAUUCACCCCUUCACACUACUCCACUACAUGAGCCUGUCGAGCGCUGCUUCCUUGGUGCCCUUUGCCCUGACCCUCGAACUGGGGUCGUUGCACGAAAUGGCCGUCACCUUCAGCGGUCAUCGGAUGGUCAAGACGGGCUUAAUGAUCGUGGCCGUUUCGCUCCUGGCCUUCAUGCUGGUCCUGGCGGAGUUUUCUUUCAUCAGGAGGGUAUCCUCGUUAAGCCUGUGCAUCAUCGCUGUAGUCAAGGAGCUGCUGCUGGUGAUGUUCUCGGUUUUGGUGCUGGGGGAGCACCUGAGCGGACGAACGGGGCUCGGCUUUUUCGUCACCAUGGUUGGCGUUACGCUUUACAAGCUCGUACCCAAGGGCCCGCCACAAGACUUAACGCUGAAGAACGGAGGAGGAGGAGGAAGACACGACACCGCGUCCACGCCCCUCGGAGCUGUAAAAUACUCGGGCGUUAGCGUUUCUCCGGAUAGGGGCGAGGAGAUCGGAGGCAGCGGGAGAAAUAGAGAUAAGAAAGAGUGGCAACGAAGUCAACCUCGGGCCGGACGGCUGGCGCCGAUAGCAACAUCCGCAGCGCCACCCCAAGGUCCCGAAACGAUGUCCUCGGAAGGCCGUCUUGCAGGUGGUGCAGACGCUGCGGACGAUACUGCUGACGCUGAUACGUUACGCCCAUGAAGGCAAGCGAUUCCGGCGAUGACUUCGUGGACUGAACCCCGCUUUGGCGGGCAGCGACUGCCGUCCCGAGCGUAAAUGGUGCCGCCGAUUUUUCGGUCGCGAUGGACUUUUCUGAUGCCCACGGCAGCAAUGCCGGGGCGGGACAAGUGAGGGGGGAGAGGUCGCACGCUUGUGCUGUUCGCGUCUCCCCGCCGUGCGCGCUGCGAUGAGCAGCACGUAGAAACCUCCGCUGCACGCGAGGGUUUUGGAUUGUGAAAAAUGUGUUCGGGUUUUUUUUCCGUUGGGCGGAGGGGAUGGUCGUGACUGCGUUGAUGCCGGAGGCUUGACUGGUGACUGUCGAUUCGAUGUUUCGAACGUCAAUGACGGAGCGGGCGAACACUCGGAGUGACUCCCUUCGCAUAUCGUGGAAAAACUGAAUCCAGAGCACAAAGCCGCAAUGAGUUUCGUUGCUCAAUGCGGAAGUGAUACUUGGAGUAAACCAAUAAUGGUGGUAGGUAAUAGAACGUCGUGAACAGAUGCUAGUGACCCUAACAUCCAGGCGUCGGUGACCCUUGUGGAAGUCUCAUGUCCUCCUUGAGAUGACAUAUUUUGCACUAGAGACGAAUCCGUGGACAUGAUUACUGCGCACGAAGGACAUGCUACAUCAGCCAUACGUCGGCGACGACAGAACGCGCCGUCAGCAGGCACUUGAGAGAUUUUUUCCAUCACCACGCUCUUGGUGUUUCUGGGUUAGGGUUAUAGGGUGUUACGUUGCCGCGAAGUAGGGAGAAACCUUGUAGUCGGCUGUACCCAACCAUUGCGCGGGCGUUCCGGCUGUCUUGAGAGACUUGAUAAAGACAAAAGGUUGUGUGGAGUUUGCAAGCCCUCUUGCCACGGCAACUGGUGGCCUCGUCGUUGUCAACAUUUUGGUCGAUGCUCGAUACUGGCGAGGCUGUGCCGUGCUUUGGGGCGUGGAGGAGGAGAAACGUCGACCGCUAUGCGAAUGUAACCAUUUUGGGGGUCAACCCUGCCCAAGUAUCACUUGUUUUCAUCAUGCGGAUGGGUGGCUUCCAUUAGCUUGGCAUCAGUAUGUAGGUUGGAUGAUCACGUUGGGAAACCUUGGAUUUCACAGGGAGCAAGGAUAUAGGUUUGGAUCACCUUGAGAAACCUUGGAUUUCGUUACAUUCAAGGUUUGCGUUUCGCGAUGGGAGGGGUCGAUAAUCAUUUUCCGUCGAAAACAAUACAUCACCUCGCAGUGCCCUCCCAGCGCCACGCGGUGAAGCGGCGGCAUCUCAAGAUGGUCCGUGGGGCACGGCAGGUUGCUUUCAGGAGAUCCGCGCUCACAGGGCAAAAUAUUUAUUUGAAGCUUUAGAGCAGCAGCAGUUGUGAGUUCCUUGGGUGUGGCCUUAAAAAGGGGUGGUCGGUACGCCUGAAUUGAGUGCGGGAGAUUUAUUGUUGUUGUAAAUUCGUCCCAUAGCGAUGCCCGUGUGGAACGAUGCCUUGUGCUGAACUCACGCCUCGCGAUUGUGCAAUCUACCGAGUAUUUUCGUUCCAUUGUUGUGUUUUGUUUCUCCCGUUUAGUGAAAAACUAUGUGGUCUUGUUGGUAGAGGUUGGGGUUAGGGUUAGGGCCGCACUCACCCCGAGCGGGACGGCCACAGCCACAACAAUAGGUAUUUGUUGACGGAAGGGGAAGUUGCGGUUUCAGGUUGCCGCUGGGACGGACGGGAUCAGCGUUUCCGAUCGAAAUGCGAACAUCACGGAAACUAAAGCGCGUAGCUUGUAGAUGACUGUGUUGUUGCAUUGUAUGUUGUGGAGGUUCGGGGGGAAAAGUGAAUAUAGUGCCUUUUGUGUGUGAGUAUGGAUAUGUCAGCUGGUGACGAAGUUUUUAAGUUAAGAGCAACGUCGAAGGGGUUUAGCAGAAAAAUGAAACUGGCAUGACAUAUGUUUUGUGGAAAUAGUGGGGCUACUGAGGAGUGAAAUGGAAUACAAAUCGUAUUCACUUCGUUCUAAAGUGCAAACGAGUAUUCAUGAGACCUA